GUGGCGACCGGGGGAUCUUGGGCCGGGCCGGGCGCUGCAGCGGUUCCCCCCCGCCCCCCCUGAGUGGCCUGCGCCUUGCUCCGGGCCUGUGGCGGCGGCGCGAGCCCGUUGUUGUUGUCGGUGGCCGGGCCUCGCGGCCGGGCCUGGCUCGGCGGCGCCAUGAGCUCGGGCACCCCUUACAUCGGCAGCAAGAUCAGCCUCAUCUCCAAGGCGCAGAUCCGCUACGAAGGCAUCCUUUACACCAUCGACACGGAGAACUCCACCGUGGCGCUGGCCAAGGUGCGGUCCUUUGGUACUGAAGAUCGGCCCACAGAUAGACCUGCACCUCCAAGAGAGGAGAUAUAUGAAUACAUUAUUUUCCGGGGAAGUGACAUCAAAGAUAUCACAGUGUGUGAACCUCCAAAAGCUCAACACACUCUGCCACAAGAUCCUGCCAUUGUCCAAUCAUCAUUGGGCUCUGCUUCUACAUCAUCUUUCCAGCCACAUGUGCCUUACAGUCCCUUCAGAGGUAUGCCACCCUACAGCCAGCUUGCUGCCAGCUCUUUACUGAGUCAACAAUAUGCAGCUUCUUUAGGCUUAGGUGCUGGUUUCCCAUCUCUUCACCCUGUACGCAAGAGCCCCAUGGUGGAACAGGCUGUUCAAACUGGUCCUAUUGAUAACAUGAAUUCACAAAAGCCACCCCCAGCAAAAGUAGUUCCAGGGAUCCAACGUAAUGGGCGGCAGAUUCCACAAAGCACCAAGACAAAUGAUACAGUACAGCCAACACCUGUGCAAACUCAAGGUCAGGUGAAUGAUGAAAACAGAAGACCACAAAGGAGGAGAUCAGGAAACAGGAGAACCAGAAAUCGUUCUAGAGGACAAAACAGACCAACCACUGUGAAGGAAAAUACUAUAAAAUUUGAAGGUGACUUUGAUUUUGAAAGUGCAAAUGCACAGUUCAACAGAGAGGAACUUGACAAGGAAUUUAAGAAGAAACUGAACUUUAAAGAUGACAAAGCUGAUACAGGGGAAGAAAAGGUGGAUCCUGGAGUGGCAACUCAGAACAGUGAUGGCAAUGCAGACGAGGACCUCCUAGGACCCAAUUGCUAUUAUGACAAAUCAAAGUCUUUCUUUGACAACAUCUCUUCAGAACUGAAAUCCAGUUCCAGGCGUACAACAUGGGCUGAAGAAAGGAAGCUCAAUACUGAGACUUUUGGGGUAUCUGGCCGGUUUCUUCGUGGACGCAGCUUUCGUGGUGGAUUUCGAGGUGGAAGGGGUAGUGGAGCAGCACGGCGAAACCAAACCACUCACAGAGCUGGUACUGGACGAGUGUAACUAUGGAGGCUCUAACACGUUCCACCAUGAGGGUGAUCUUUUUGUAUAUAGGAAGAAAACAACAAACUGCUGCACUAAUGUGGGAUAACGGUUCAUCUUGUUUACUGUCUGAAAUCCAGUGACGGAACUUCAUAUACUACUGCUUGUAUUUUGGACUUCAACUUACUUUGGACCAGCAUCUAGCAGCUGGCCUCUUUUUUUUUUUCUUUUUUUUGAAAAAGAGGGAAUGUGUUCAGGGGUAUCUUCUUCAGGGCAUCUCUCUUUUUUUUUUUUUAAGCACAGGUUGACUUGUGAUAUGGCUCUUUCUAGACUCCAAAGCUAUUGUAGUCUAAACAUAAAGCAAAACUCCCUUUCUGUACCCUAAAGGAGACUAUCAUGCUCUUUUAACUCUUUAAAAUGGAACCAAAGCUCACCAAAAUAAACCAGCUAACAUUGUGUUCUGAGUAACCAAAUUGGUGCUUUGCUGGUCUCUCUUGCUGCGAAGGCAGCAUGUGGAGUAGCACUUGGUAUCUGGAAGAGUGGAUUCCUAGUGCUUGGUUAUGUAUAGUGUGACUGGGAAUACUGGAUUGCUGAUCAUGUGGUGUAAGGAGCUGUGCAGCUCUUUGCAAGUCCAGUACUACUUCAGAGGUACCAUGUGCUUCCAUGGAAUGGUACUGGCCAGCCAGCUGCCACCAGUUCCUUUUAAAGGUACUGGUGCUGUGCACUCUUUGGAAGAGCCCAAAAGCUGCUUAAUUGGUUGUGGUCCAUAUAGGGAAGGUGCCUUGCUGUACCCCCUAGCUUGACCAAGAAAGGGGGUGGGGGAAUACUUGUGGGGGGCAGCAAGCAGUUUUCCUAAUAUAUGGUGGUAGCUGAUUAUUUAGUUUAAGUAUUUCUGCAGUAGCUUAAUAAGACUAAGCUACUGAAAAGGUGGAGGAACCUCU